AAUGUUCGGUUUUAUAUAAUCACCCGGUAUAUAUAACCAAAGGGACUAUUUCUGUGGUUUUGAGUCACGUGUCCUGUGAUCGACAGCCCUCUAGUUUUUGAUAAAAUUAAAGAACCCAAUAAACCCAUCUGGGGGGGAAGAUGGUACACGGGAAAGGGGAGUGCACGGGGAAGAAAGUGCACGGCGAAGAAAGUGUAUAACCAAAUAAUUACUGGUGACGUGAUCUCUCGCUGUGUAGUCUAAUAAACCAAAACAUUUAUUAUCAUCAUUAUUGUUGCUAUUAUAGGCAUGGAUGGAGAUAAUACACUACUCAUUAAAGUCGAGCCAAAACAAGAAGAAGAAAUCCAUUCCUUUCUUCAGGAACACAUUUCAGUACGCAACGAAGUUUUAGUAAAAAUAAAGGAUGAAAUUACCAUUAGUACAUCAUUUUCUAAAUCUCUUUAUAAUGAAGAAGUACAACAACACUCUCACUUUCAACAUGACCUUUUAACUCCGUGUAAAACAGUGCCAAAAGAUUUUAAAUGUGCAGAUUGUCAUUAUGAGACAAAUUAUAAAAGUAACUUUAAACGACAUCUUUUAAGACAUACAGUUUCUAAGGAUGAAUGUGUUGGUUGUGAUUAUGGGACAAAUAAUAAAUGCCUCUUCAAACAACACCUUUUAAGACAUAAAGUUUCAGAAGUUUUUAAAUGUGCACAUUGUGAUUAUGAGACCAAUAAUAAACGCCUCUUUAAACAACAUCUUUUAAAACAUAAAGUUUCCAAGGAUUUUAAAUGUGCUGAUUGUGAUUAUGAGACGCAUUAUAAAUCCGCUAUUAAGGAACACCUUUUAAACCAUAAAGGUUCUAAGGAAUUUAAUUGUGCUACUUGUGAUUAUGGAACAAACAAUAACCGCAUCUUCAAACAACAUCUUUUAAAACAUAAAAUGUCUAAGGAUUUUAAAUGUGCACAUUGUGAUUAUGGGACAAAUUAUAAAUACGCACUUAAAAUACACUACUUGAAACAUAAAGUUUCCAAGGAUUUUAAAUGUGCUACUUGUGAUUAUGGUACAAAUCUUAAACAAAACUUCGCACAACAUCUUUUAACACAUAAAGUUUCUAAGGAUUUCAGAUGUGCUACUUGUGAUUAUGGCACCAAUUAUAAACACCUCUUCAAACAUCAUCUUUUAAAACAUAAAAUUUCCAAGGAUUUUCAAUGUGUCGAUUGUCAUUACAAGACAAAUGUUAAAAAGUACUUCAAACAACAUCUUUUAAAACAUAAGGCUUCCAAGGAAUUCAAAUGUGCCGAUUGUGAUUAUGAGACGAAUGUUAAAAUGUACUUCAAACGACAUCUUUUAAAACAUAAAGUUUCCAAGGAUUUUCAAUGCGCUACUUGUGAGUAUAGGACAAAUAAUAAGGACCACCUCAAACUACAUAUUUUAAAACAUAAGGUUUCUAAAGAGUUUAAAUGUGCCACUUGUGAUUAUGGCACAAAUGUUAAACAAAACUUCAUACAACAUCUUUUAACACAUAGAGUUUCAAAGGAUUUUAAAUGUGCUCAUUGUGAUUAUGAGACAAAUUAUAAGUACGUUCUUAAAAAACACGUUGUAAGACAUAGAUUGUAAGGAUUUUAAAUGUGGUUAUUGGACAAAUGAUAAACUUAUCUUCAAACAUCA